AUGAUUCUACUAAGGUUUCCGACCUUUAUAAGGGCGGGACCGAGUACUCAAGCCUUUAAAUUGAGGUACAAGCGAAAGUUUUCAAUGACCAGACAAUUUUCUAUCUUGGCAGAUCACCCAAUUGUGGGGAAGUUGAAGAAUCACCCCAGAGACAAAGUCGCUAUUAGACAUGUAAUCUCUGGAAAUAGCUAUACCUACGGUCAAUUGAGUGAUGACAUUUACAAAUGGCAUAAUAUUUUGCAAUCUAAAUUGCCCUCUAGUGGAAAUGGCUCAAGAAUCGCCAUCAUGGGUGAGAACAGCUAUCAAUUUGCAGUUCUAUUCUUUGCAACGUUGAUGCUGCCAAAGACGCUUGCUAUGCCAUUAUGCACCAAUCAUACCUCAGCUGAAAUCAAGUAUCAGUUAGAAAACUCUGAGUCGUCUACAAUCAUAACUCCGGAGAGGUUUGUUGAUAAAGUGGAAGAAUUUGUGAGUCCCGAAAGAAAACUGAUUGUAUUUGAGGAAUUUGAUGGCAACGAUGUUGAAGCUUCUACUUCUACCUCUGAAAGUACGGUUUCAUCUCCAUCUACCUCUGACAGUUCGACUCCGUCCGGAUAUAUGCUCUAUACCUCCGGCACCUCUGGUAAUCCUAAAGGUGUUGUUACUCCGCUCGAAACAUACGUCGCGCAAGCUGACGCUUUGACAAAAGCUUGGGAUAUUAAUAGUAAUACCGCAAUGCUUCAAACUUUGCCAUUACAUCAUGUCCAUGGACUUGUUAUCGGCAUGACAUUGCCAUUGUUGGCAGGAGGAAGUGUGGACUUCCUGUUCCCCUUUUCGCCAAAGGUGUUCGUUGAUCGCAUUACUGAUGCUUCAUUACCGCCAAUUAAUACGUACACUGCUGUGCCAACUAUAUAUACCAAGCUCGUUUCAUAUGUCAAGCAAUUUCAGAGUGAUAAGGAGCAGUUUGAGAAAAUCAAUUCUGGGUUACACAAUCUACACCUUGCUAUGUGUGGUUCCGCUGCUCUUCCAAGUCCCCUGCGUAACGAUUGGAAUAAGAUUGUUGGUGAUAAGGUGCCACUUCUUGAAAGAUACGGCAUGACAGAAACUAGUAUAACCUUGUCACAGCCACUAGAUCCUCAAUACCGUGUAGAUGGUUCCGUUGGUGCACCCGUGCCAUCUGUCAUUGCACGUCUAGUCGACCCUGAUACCAGCAAAGUGAUAUAUCAGAGCAAUGAAAAAAGUAGUCACGAUACUGAGGCAUCAGGCGAACUCCAACUUGCCGGUCCAGUUGUGUUUAAAGAAUAUUGGAAUAAACCAGAAGCUACUUCUGAAACGUUCACAGAAGACGGUUGGUUUCGAACCGGAGAUAUUUGCAGGGCUGACGCCUCUGGUAAUAUUUUUAUUUUGGGACGUGCUAGUAUGGAUAUUAUUAAAUCCGGCGGAGAAAAAUUAUCCGCUCUGGAAAUAGAACGAGAAAUUCUGAGUCUUGAAGAGGUGGACGAAUGCUCGGUGGUAGGUGUUGCAUCUGAAGAAUGGGGUCAAGAAGUGGCUGUUGUAGCUGUUCUUAGUGAAAAGGGACGUGCUUCUAACUUUGAUCUCGCUCGUUUGAAGAGUGCGUUGAAGAAAACACUUGCCAACUAUAAGAUUCCUAAAAAGCUUCUUGUUGUAGAGAGCAUUCCUCGCAACCAGAUGGGUAAGGUAAACAAAAAGACCCUAGUCAAGAUAUUUGACUAG